UUCCAUAUCAAUAUUUUUAAAAAAAUAAUAUCAUCUUAAAUUUUUUUUUAGUCAAACUAAGUUUUUAACAAUCAUCCAAGUUGUUUUUAAACCCGUUAAGUUAAUCCGGUAAUCCCCUACACAAUUUAAAUUUUUUCAUUCUAUAAAACAUAUUAGCACACUUCUAACAUUUUUUAUGCUAAGAAAAUUGAUCUGAUUGUAGCGUAGUGCAAGCAAAUGUCCUAAGUAUUUUACAGCAGUGGUCACCAAACUCAACUCCUGUUCAAUGCAGAUUCCUGACAUAAUGAGUACAAAUGGAUGUUUAAACACGAUAAGAAUUAUCAUACAAACAAGUGGCCACUUCUGGCUGCUUGAUAUUGAUAAGACACAUACUGUGGAGAGCCAACAAUGUUUAACAGAUGAAAGCCUGAAACAGCUUUACAGAAGCUGUACUUAAAUUUUCCAUUAUCAUGUCUGGCUGGUCCAUUGCAAUUUCCCUAUCAGCUGAAUCUACAAAGAGAAUAGUAGACAAAUUAUAUGCCCAAAAUGACUGAUUUCAUCGAGAACGAGCUUUGGUAUUGUCAAAAUCUCAACAUUUUCCUGGCUUGAGGCCAGGGCGCCAAGCAUAGAAAUUAUAACCAGGAUUAAAAAAAAUGAAACUCCGGACCGAAAUAACUAUAAAGGAGCUUGGUUGGAUUCACUACCCACCCUUAUUUUCCUCUAGAAUCUUCCCUUUAAUUGUUGGUUCUGGUGUAGCAUCAGUAACAGAGAUCUGCGUAUUGCAGCUUCUUGUUGUUUUAUCCAUCAGUUUUUUACAUUCCAUUUGUUUCCAAAGGCCAUCCUUGAUAGUAGUUUCUGUCUCAAGCUCUCAUUUCAUAAAAUCUCUAAACUGUGAUUUGUUUCUGUGGUUCUUAUCAGUUAGAUCAUCACAUACAGCUUCAGUAUAAAAUAAUACUCCUGCUGGCUGGAAUUGUCCCUGGUCUUAACUGGCCAGAUUGUGUUUCCACUUUCCAGCAUUCUUUAGAGAAUUUAGGGUGCUCAAAACUUGCAUAAGUAUUUCAUCUCAUGCUGUACAUAAAAACAAAUUCAUAGGAUCGACAUAGAUCGAUUAACAGGACAAGAAAAACCUAAGUAAACCAAGUUAUUGUAAAUAUUUGUACAUAUUUUUAAUAAUGGAUCAGCUAUUUUAUUAGCGAAAGAAGCAGACAGAAUUACUAAGUAGCUGCUGCUACUCGGCAUAUUUUGUUAGCUGUUAAGGGACUGUUAUCUGACUGAAUGUUCAAGUAAGAUAUCCAGCAAGAUAAAUCAUGUCUGAAGGUGUUCAGAGAGUAGUGGUGAUCCAAGAUGCAUCGCGGGAUAUGAGUCCGAUAGCAAUCAGAUUGGUCCUUAAUGGAUUUUCCCUUAAGCCUGGAGAUGCAAUCAUACUCUUUGGAGUUCUUCACCAGGUUAAUAAUCCUAUGGGAUACAGGUUCAAGGUGGACUCAAAAUCAAUGUUUGGGGCUAACCCAAAAUUCAUUGAAGAAGAAGUUUCCAGGAAGACAGAAGAGUAUGUUAACAAUGUGGAAAUACUGGAAAUAGCUAAGCAGUGUGAAAUGGAACAGAUUGAGUUCCGUGUAGAAGUUCGUGCUGGAUCUACGCCAAAGGAGCUUGCUCUAAAAGCUGCUAAAAUUUUCAGGGCCACAUGGGUGAUACUUGACAGGCAAAUGAAGAAAGACAAGAGAUACUUUAUGGACAAGCUUCCAUGUGGGAUAUCAAGGAUGAAGCGUAACAACACCAUCGAACAACUCAGAGGUUCGAAAACAAGAGAGAACAUAAAAGUUAAUGAAAAAGAGGAAGAAAGGGUACCGUAUGAUGAAAUGAUACCAGGGAGCCCAAAGCGCAGAAGGUCUGCCCGCAAGCCCCCAGCUCCUCCCAGCACUGGUGCAGUCAGAGAACAACAAUUCAAUCACGGUGAAGAAAUAACUCCUGAAAAUCACGGGAGAUCAGAUUCAUUCUCUAAAUCCGCAUCAACUAGUCAGUUCAUGAUGACUACAGCUUCAUCUUCAACUUCAACUACAGGUUAUCAUGAACAUGACACUUCAAGUUCUACUUCUAAAACCGCAAAGCAUGCCUACAUGAAUUUUCAAGGGAAAGAAAACACUGCCAACACACAACAAGCAACAGCAGGAAAACAUUCCCUGGCUGAAAAUACUAAGUUUGAGCAGAAGGAAAGGGAGGCAGAGAGCCUAAAUGAACAACAAAGACGACAAAAGAACAUUGAUAAUUGGAUGGGAGAGAGUCCUACAGAUGAGGUAUUCAAAAAUUCCAUUUGCUUAGUUUGCAAGAAUAGACGGCCAAAGAUAGGAUGGAAGAGAGACUUCAGUUAUAAAGAGAUCCAUUCUGCAACAGAAGGAUUUUCCCAAACGAAAUUCCUAUCAGAAGGUGGUUUUGGCUCUGUCUACAGAGGCGAUCUGGAUGGACUGGCUUUUGCUGUGAAGCAGCACAACAGUGCAAGUUUCCAAGGAGAAAAGGAAUUCAAGUCUGAAGUUGAAGUGCUCAGCAAAGCCAGACAUGAGAAUUUGGUCAUGCUGUUGGGAUCUUGUUCUGAAGGAAACGACAGGCUGCUUGUUUAUGAAUACGUGUGCAAUGGUUCACUGGACCAACAUUUAUCAAAACAUGCGCGCAAGCCCCUCACCUGGGAAAAGAGGAUGAAGAUAGCUUUGGGAGCUGCCAGAGGGCUAAAAUAUCUGCAUGAAAACAAUAUUAUCCACAGAGAUAUGAGGCCAAACAACAUUCUCAUAACCCAUGAUCAUGAAGCACUGCUUGGAGAUUUCGGUCUUGCAAGAACUCAACACGAAGAUUCAGAGCCGUCCUUGGAGACAAGAGUUGUUGGAACUCUCGGAUACUUGGCACCAGAAUAUGCAGAAUGUGGGAAGGUGUCAACCAAGACAGAUGUUUAUGCUUUUGGUGUGGUGCUAUUGCAGCUGAUCACAGGACUAAAGACCACAGACAAAAUACUAGGAGGGAAAAGUCUUGUAGGAUGGGCAAGGCCGCUGCUGAAAGAAAGAAACUACCCAGAUUUAAUUGAUCAGAGGAUCUUAGAGUCCCACGAUGUCCAUCAACUCUUUUGGAUGGUUCGAGUGGCAGAAAAAUGUCUCAGCAAGGAUCCUCAGAAGCGAUUAACUAUGGAUAAGGUGGUUUAUGCCCUGAACUACAUAAUAGAAAGCAACUCAACGUGCAGUCUUGGAGAACUAACCCCAGCAAAAUCAGAUUCACCAAGCAGUGUACAGGACUCCUAUGAAUCUUAUGAUGAUACUACUAGCUUUACCAUAGAAACCUUCUCUCCAGGCUUUCCUACAGAUACUACGUCCACCAGUAGCACGAGUCCAAGACUUCCACCAUCACCCCCAAUAAACUUUCGCCACCACCUUCAUUAUUAG